UCUGAUCACUGAUUGGUUGCUGUGGGUUACUGCCCAGGUGCAAAUUUGCCUAGUGUUUAUAAAUAAGCCCCAUUGUCUGACGGAUGUAGAUGCAACAAACUACACCAUUCGACUUCUGACCUGACUUUCCUUUCUAGCUAUAUUAGGGACCAGAUUUCAUAGUCCUAUGAUCCCAAAUCUUGUGCAGUUGCAUAGCAAGAUCAGAAAAAAUCUGAACCACAAAAUCGGAUCAAAAUCUCCCGUGUAGUUCUACCCUUACCAAGGAAAACCUCCAGGGUGCACAAGUGAAGCAUGCUGCCCUAGUGCCCUAUCCCACACAUUGCCAGUAAAGGAAUGCAGAAAUAAAAUGGCACAUUGGACUGAUAAUAAGCCCCAAUAACUGUAAGCUUAGUAUUAUUAUUUUCUCAUAUAUAGUGUAUAUAUAUAUAUGUAUAUAUUCCCAAUAAUGAUGUACUUCUGAGUAUUCCUUCCCAACAUGGCUCACUCCCUGGCUGCUGUUUAGUGUAUAGCGCCUGCAUUUCUGUGUCUUGGCACAUCCUCAUGGUGGCAUUGUUUCCCCAGACACCAGUAUGUCAGUUACACUUGUGCACUGACAUUGAUUUAUUAUUCAACUGCAAAUAUAAACUGUAAGCACAUAGGCUUAAUAGGCAUGUCUCUAGUUUCAACUUUUGUCACCUCCUUGUCAGUGAGAGCCAGGGAUGUUGGCAUCUGCAUUACAAAUGUUUGAUUUGAUCUGUGUGUGAAGAACGUAUUUACAGUUUUGUGGAUUUACUGUUUUAUCUAUCUACCCCAGUACAUUUUUGACCAUCAAAAAACCAAAUAAGUUGGACUUUUUCACUGCCACACCAUGAAAUGGUUUGGUGAACUAUAAAGAUGGAAGUAAGGGCUUGACUUUCUUGCAGGGAUAUUGAGGAAUGCAGAAUCGCGAGAAAAGUAUACAGGUAUCCAUUAUCCAGAAAGCUCAGAGUUAUGGAAAAUCUGUCUCCCAUAGACUCUAAGACUAAAUCUUUUUUUUUGUUUAAUUACACGGAUAUAUAUGGGAUCCAGGGGGUUAAAUUGUCUACUGGUAUUAUAUCACUAUAAUACACAAGAGCAAUGAAAUCCUGUAAAAUAUAUCCUUAUUAUUAUAGCCUAAAUCAGCCUUUGGCCUCCUGCUUUUAUCUGGAACUCCUCUGUGAUUUAUAAAAUCCUUAAUUUUUACAAUGGAUUAUCUGUUUUCUGUAGGAAGUCCAGGUGCUUGUAACCUGGAUAUCUGGGUGGGAUAGCACACCCUUUUGGCCCAGGAAGGUUAUGAUGAAUUACUGUGAUGGUUGGAUAUAGUGACGGGAUGCUCGUGGCUCUUCCUCUUUUAAGAGCUGUAGGGACCCCAUGAAUGUCCAGUAAGUGAUAGCCUAGCUCCUGUUAUAGUACAUCCAAGGGGUGUAAGAUAAUCAGGGCUAGUGAGCAAGAGCAGCUCUGUGCUCCACCAAGGAAAAUAACUGGGGUUAAUUUUCCCCAGGCAAAAUCCGCCAGAGUAGGGACUUCAGUGUGGUAGGGCUCAGGGUUGAGUAUAGUAUCUUGGAGCACCACUGGACAAUCCAGUGCACUGGGGAUGACAUUGUGAUGAUAUCACCCAUUAAUAUGCUGUAUUGUGUACUUCUUGAUGUAUCGCCUCAUUUGUUAUUGAACCAGGCAACUACUGCUUUUGUGUUUAAUAAACAUCAAGUUCAUGGUUAAGAACCUUAUUUAAACAGAGCCAUAUAAACAAAUACAAGACAUAACAGUUUACAUAAACAAUCAUUUCACCAGAACAGAUGCACAGUUACAAUGACAUAUUGUUGGUAGACAGAUGGGGACGGCUCUGCUUUCAAGAGCUUACAAUGUAAGAGGAGUAUGCUCAUUUAUGUUCAUAUUCCACAGGCUAAAGACACACGCAUUACCUCUCACACACAUUAGCAACCCAGGUUGUUAUUUUCGUGUACACACACACUAGGGCUCAUUUACAUAUUUUGCCUUUUGAAGCAAAUGGGAUGCAAUUGCACAUUCUGAAGUUUGGCACUCGGUGUGAGAGUGUUAUUUUGAAAACCCUGGAGCAACCACCUGAUUCAGAGGUGAUGGUAGCACCAGAGUUUUCUUGCAUCAAUCAGUAAAAUGGAAUGAUAUUUGGAAAGGGAAGUGGGAUGGACCAGUUGGUUCUGUGUGCAGCUAUAUGGAAUUGCAAUGUUGAUGCAAGUAUUAAUGAAUGGGAUUUUUCUACUGACUGCGGACAAUUUAGUGACCCCGCAACUGCACUGCUGACACUCAGAUCACUACUGACACUCAGAUCACUACUGACACUCAGAUGAAGCUGGUUUCUAGGCUCUCUUUUUCUCAUUUACAGAGGAUAUCUCUCACAUGCUGGUUCCCUGCUUUUUAUCACAUAUACUGACAUACAUACUGAUGUCUCACACAUACACUCUAGUCUACAGAGAGUCUCUCCCACACACAUACACACACACUAAUAGCUCUGUCUCUCCUACUCUCUAUGAAUAUGUCCUGUAUUAAAAGGGGUAUAGAUUCCCUGGAGGAGAGGAAAAUUAUUUCCUAUUUUACAAAGCACCAUAAGGCCCCUCCUAGAAUAUUGCAGUUUUUGUCUCCAGUACUUAAAAAUAAUAUUAUCAAAACAGCGAAAGUCCGAGCUGAUAAAGAGUAUGGAAGGUCUCAGUUCUGAAAAUGGCCAAGUUUGGAUUGUUUGAGCUGGAGAAGAGGUGCUUAAAGGAGGAUAUGAUAAGUAAAUAUAUAUUCACUAGUCAGUAUUAACAGUAGACACAAGGGCUUCCAUUCAGAUUAGAAGAAAGGAGGUUCCAUCUGUAUAUUUCUCUCCCUGAAUCAGUUGUACUGGCUGAUACAUUAGAUAGCUUCAAGAAUAAGGUUGAGACAUUUUUAUCAAGGGAAAAAUACAGGGUUUAAUUUAGAGACACUCUCUCUGUCACUGUCAUCCAGAGUGCCUCUCUAAGCAUACAUCUUCCUCUGCUGGGCUUUAUUUUCUCAUUUAGAUAAUAUAAGGUAUAUUAUCUUAAUCUCCAUGCCUUCUGCCUUUAGAAAAAAGAGAGCAGGUUAUAAGAAUCUAGUGAACAGGGAAAGUGCCAAGCUCAGCAUGAACUCAGCGCCACUGGGCUGCAUUUUUCUCCUAUAAAAUCUAUCAGUAAAGAGGGGAUUUUGUAGAUUCAGAUGGAACUGUCAGUUGCUGUAGAAUGGGCAGCUCAUCAGUUGAGAUCCUAAGUCUGAUCUUAACUGUCUCUUCAUUUGUUUCCUUUAUUCUGUGCAGCACAACAGACUGCUGGAGGCAAGAUGCAAAGGAUCCCUUGUCAUCUGUAGGCUUGAGUUCUCGAUGCAGAGGCUUAUGGAGUGAAUGCCUAUUUGACAACAUGGCUGGUAUAUGGACCUGUGACUUUCUUGUCUCCUAUCUCAAUGAGCAUCCAGUUGCACUGGUGGUCAGCCGUGCCUUGGUCCUUAUAGAGGGAGUCCUGUGCUUUGCUGCAGCUCCUCUAUUAAUAUUGGGUAUGGGCUGCACAACAGUGAUCAGCAACUUAGACCAUCACAAACAAAAGUUCUUCACAGCUGCAGGGAUCAUCCUUCUAAUGGCAGGGUUUUCUGGAGGAACUGCUGUCUUCUGGUAUGCUAUAGAUACAGCCACAAAAUAUAGGACAGAGGUAGAUCUGGCAGUCCCUGGCAUCACAUAUGAACUGGGAUAUACUUACUGGCUUGCUGCUGCUUCAGCAUUAUGUGCUGUCACAUCUGCAUUGUUGUUAAUGUAUUUAAACUGCAAAGCUGGGAAAAGAAGCAUUUGUACAAUUGAACCUGGAAUCCAUAACAAUGCAAUAACCUAUCUGUAAAUAUUUACUUUACCGUUCCAUGCUAGCAAUGCGGAAAUUGUCAGACUAUUGUCUGAUUCCGUUUAAAUCCAGUGUCCUGUAAAGAGCUACUACUGUAUAUCUCAAUUUUGCAUGAAAAAAUGUUUUUAGUAUUGUACUGGGAAUCAGGAGCAGAUUAAUGCACAGGCUCAAUGUGAUCAGGGGCUCAUUUAGCUUUUUUCAGUUAUUAUUUCUAUUUUCUUUGAAUAUUUAGUUGUGCUGAUUGAUCGUGUCAGGCGCACCUGCUGGGAGAAGAAGGCAGGCAAGGCACAUGGGCAGGGCCGGAUUUACAUAGUAGGCGCCCCUAGGCCCACU